ACAGAACGUCGACACCUUGGAUGCCAAAACCCCUUCUCUUUGGAGCUAUCACGGUAGCUCAAGCAGGUAUCUCUUUAACAUAUUCGCAUUGAAUCUGUCUGCACCUGCGGUUGAGGUUCCAAAAAUCGCCUUUAUACCGAGCUCCUAUUGGUCACGAAAACAUCCCGAGUACAAACUUGAUGGCUAGGUGACCGGUGACUUUCCUCUAUCCUCAGUACUUCUCCGUCCAUGCACACCUAGGGGGCCAAUAUCCGGCGCAAACAUGGACGGUUAUCCAGCCGGGAGCCUAGAUCUAAACGUUCCCUUCCUUGUCGUCGCCGGCCUGACAUCCCAACCGCCAAACGACCUACCACUAGACCCCCAGCUGCAGGAACAAGGGAUCUUGCUACGCUCCAAAUUGCCAAGUCUAGAUACAGAGGAUGCUAAAGCAUUGAGAGAUUACAUCUCGACUCGCGAUGCAAGGGAUCAACCAUGGAACACGCAGGACCAAAAGCCAUACAGGUUCAGGGUUGGGUUUUCUGGAAGGUCUUUCAUCUUCCCACCUCGUCGAGCCAGACUACCGGACCAUGUCGAACCUCCCGAGCUUCCACCCGUGUUGCACUCGCCGUUCUCGCCUCUUAACCCCGUGUCUCCCCUCUAUCCCGACGGGCUCAUUGACGCCCAAUGGCUUCAGAAACAUCAGGAGCUUGUGCCCAGCGUUUACCUUUGCGUCUACUCUCUCGAAUCGGACCCCACAAUGGCUACACUGCACGACAAGAGCCUGAGGACCGACAUCAACAACAUCAGGCUUGCAGCUGUUCAUUCCGGCUAUAAGACUCGUAUUGCGGUCCUAGUCUUAGGUGACGGUUCCAAGAUGUCAAAUGACCCGGCGGAAGGCAUGCAGGAGAGACUCGACUCCAUCCGCAGAGGGGUAGGCUUAGACACCAAGUCGUUCUUCUACAUACCGACACAAGAUUCACCUGCAGAGCUCGAGCGGGCCACGGACAGUAUCCUUUCUACUCUAUAUACACAGUCCUUGGAAUACUACCGUGACCUUGGACGUCAUGCUAGGAAGAAGCGAAGUCGAGGUGUUACCCCUCAACCCACGGUUCCCCCGACAACUGGCACUUCUCAGACACUGUCCCUCCAAGGCUGGAACGUGCGUUAUGACUUCAAGUCUGCGGUAUUUGCGGAGUUUCGACAGGAGAUGGACACGGCAUUACGAUCCUAUGACCAGGCUUACGACGGCAUUUUGAGUCAGGAUGUAAUGGAUAUCCUCCCGAGCUGGAGUCCCCGGUGGAACGAGGCGCGCUUGCUGACAGACGUCAUCUCGAUUCGCGCCAUUCGGUGUGCGUUAUGGAAUGGCCAGACCACAUCAGCAGUCAAACGGUGGCGAGCUCACCGGGAUCGCAUAGCCGACUUCGUCGACCGGCGCGGGCGCGGCACCAAGAAUUACGGAUGGGAGGCGUGGCAGUCCAGGUGGGCGCUCGUCAUGGCGCGCCUGAUAGAGAAAGCCGACCCCUCGAGUUUGAGACCAUCGACGCUCACACUCUUCAUCCCCCCGGAAAAGAUUGUCGUGGGAGAGCAUCUCCAACCUUGGGAAAUGCUUCAUCACAAAGGCUACUGGUAUCGCCUUGCUGCGCGGCAUCUCGUCUCGCGUCGUCGAUUAGCCCAUGCCAUGCCCGAGGAGGACAGGAGAGCGCCAGGAGACUCGCCGGCCUCUGUUGUAGCGAGUAGAGCGUACACGUAUGACACAUACUUGUGCCCGGAGCCGCAUGAAGAAUAUCCACUGGUUGGGAAGGGCACGGAUCAUUCCCAACUUAUUAUCGAUUGCUUGGAGCUGGCUAGGUCUGAAUUCCAAAGCCGGAAGCAACUCCGGGCAUCCGCAGAAAUCACGCUUGAAUGGGCCAAGGAACUAGCGCGUGUGGAAGCCUGGGAGGACGUCGUUGCUUUGCUGAAGCCACUUUGGACCGACAUGUCGUUUCGAAGAGAAGGCUGGCUGAAUAUUGCCGAGGACCUCAGUUGGGUACUGCGCGCUGCGGCUGCACGUAUUGGACUAGGAGAUGUUGUCGUCUCUAUUGACUGGGAACUCCUGAACAAGCAAUUCACCAAACGGCCAGACUGGGAGUACGACCUCUCCAAGUCGCUCGAAGGCGUUCAGACCAAGUCGAAGCCGACGAUAGCCUUGACAGAUGACACCGUGUCGUCCUUCGUCUUUGCGUCCUUCAUUUUCAAGAACGAAGAAGGGAGGGCAGGCGAAACAUGCCGGGCGCAACUCACUCUUACGUCCCAUGCGUUCCAGUUCUCUGCACCAGUGCGGUUCAGACAAGUGCGUGUUGAUUUUGAUGGCAGCCUAGGAACGAUUAUCCUCGAUCAAGAAACUGGAUCCCAUCCGGAUUCGACUUAUACCAAAGACGAUACUACAUUAUCAAUCGUGCCUCUGACGGAAAAUGUGCGAAGCGAUGAUGACUCGGAGGAAGUCGAGAGAGGCUCUGUGCUUCAUGGGCCGGCCGAUCUAGAGCUCAAGGCGGGCUGCACCAAAGCCUUUGAGAUGGCCAUUCCGCUGCGGGAACCGGGAGAGGCGCGUGCCGCAUCUGUAGAGCUCUUGGUUGAUAGCGAUGCAUUUGCGCUGAGCUAUACGAUUAGUUUUGGCGAAGUCAAUACGGCCAAUAUCUGGUUUGGACCGUCUUUGUCCACCAGACGCAUUCCACGGCCCAAGCCCCACGCUAUUCAGAUUCAGCCGAGGCCUCCCAAGGUGGAUAUCACACACAUCAAUCCUCUGAGCCAGUACUACACUGAUGAGCGCAUCGACUUGGUUUUGGAUAUUGUUAACGCUGAAGACGCGGACGCAGUCGCGAAGCUGGAGGUCCACGUCCUGGGCGAUCACAUCCCGGCAUUCAGCAUCGAGUUGGAGGAGGGGGAGAAGCAGGAAGCAGAUGCCUCCCAGUCAGAAUCGAAGCUCACUAAUAUCUCACUUGGUACGCUGGGCACCUCCAAGCCGGCCCGAGCGAGACUCAGCCUGGAGCCGUCACGGAUGCCCAUGCCAUAUGAGAUCACGGCUAAAGUCACGUACCACCUCGUCACGGACCCUAUUACGCCCAUUAUGCAGAGCAAGACCUUCCAUAUCGACAUUGCCAACCCUUUCGAAGCAAACUACGACUUUCUUCCGCGGCUUCACCCCGACCCUUGGCCCAGCUUGUUCGACUAUGAAGGGGCACGUGACCUGGGAGAUGGAGAUGAAGCAGCGGCCCCCGCCCACCCCCGGUGCCUGGCGCAGAAGUGGUGUCUCGUCUGCCAUUAUGCCUCGUUUGCGAGCGAGGAUCUGCAGAUCUUGGAACUGGAGGCCAAGGUGCUCGCCUGCCAGCCAAGUGCCCGUUGCAUUUCGAUAAGCCAACUCGACCUGCCCCCGGACGGAUUGACGAUACCGCCAAAGUCGAUGCAGGAAGUCAGAUUCGAUAUGGUCGUCCAGAAACUGAGCCUGGACGAGCGCGGGCCGGCAUCGCUCGAUGCAGCCUUCAUGCUCAAGUGGAGGAGGCGCCGCGAUGCGCAGUCUGGCGAUGGCGCGGCGAUCAAUACGACGACGAUGCCAGUGCCGCGCUCGAUCGUGCUUGGGAUAGAACCCCGCGUACUUGGGUCGGUAUCGCAUGGGGACGUCGGUACGGGUCUCAUGCAGCUGGAUCUGACCAUCGAGAACGCGUCGGGCCACUUCCUGACGUUCGGAGUGACCAUGGAGCCGAGCGAUGAGUUUGCUUUCUCCGGGGCCAAGCAGACGACGCUGCACGUCCUCCCCAUCAGCAGGCGCACGAUAUCUUACCGCUUGCUUCCUUUGGUUCGGGGAUGUUUCGUACGGCCGCAGCUGGUGGUGAGGGACAAGUACUUCCAGAAAGUGCUGCGAAUCAUACCCACAGAGGACAUGAAGAUGGAUAAGGACGGGCUCCUGAUAUGGGUUCCGCCUGCUCCUGAGGAAGCUGACGGGGAGGAGAGCGGGAGGAAAGGUCUGGAUGGAUGAUUUUCUUUGCACUUCGCAUCCUCGUAGCGUUGAGUGAGGGCAACUGCAUAACAUGAUCCGUCUAAACCGGCUUCGCUGGGACUUUGCUGGGAUAGGCGGACAACUGCCAAUAAAGACGCACUUUGGCCAGGCCAUUACUUUGAUUCAGAACCCCUGGUUCCUCGUUUUGCCCUUUUGUUUGUGUCGUUAAUGAACGGAAACGUCGGUAUGGAACCUUAUUGAAGCGCCUGUUCAUUGGAGCCACGCCAAUCAAAGUGACCUAGUACAUUCACAGGCGUUCAAGCCGUACGCAGUGCAGGCAGUCUGCAGCAGCGUAAUUAAUGUGAAGCUGCAGAUGGAGGAAAAGGAAGAAAGGGGGGGUGGGGAGUUGGAGUUGGAGUUGGAGUUGGGGUCGAGAUGAGGAGAAAGGCGCGAAGUAUUAAGGAGUACCUUAAUUAUCAAGGUAAUACACAGUUCCGGUACCCGGC